AUGCCGGCCAGUGCGUACAUUCACAUUCACAUGAUGCAAAUAUCAGAAAAAACCCAACCUGAAUCAAAAACAAUACAUUACGGUGAAGCUCCAAGCAUUCAACCACGUCGUUACACACAAAAAGAAAUCAAAUUAUCUGAUGGGCAUUUCGUAUAUGAUUGUCCUGUGCCUACUGGGUUAACAACGAAAGUUCCUCUUAAAGAAAAGGAAUUUGAUAAAGUUAGAUAUACUGCUUGUACAUGUGAUCCUGACGAUUUUGAAAGAGAAAAAUAUACACUUAGACAAAAAACUUAUGAAAGAGAUACCGAAAUAUUUAUAGUUAUUACAAUGUAUAACGAAGAUGCAAAAUUAUUUGCGCGUACAUUUCAUGGGGUCGUAGAAAAUAUUCGCGAAUUAUGUGAACGAGAUAGAUCAGAUAUGUGGAAAAAAGAUGGAUGGGAAAAAGUAGUUGUAUGUAUUGUAUCAGAUGGAUUUGAAGAAAUUAAUAUAAGUACAAAAGCUUAUUUAUCGGCUAUAGGAGUAUAUCAAGAAGGGGUAGUAAAAAAGGAAGUAAAUAAUAAACCUGUAACUGCUCAUAUUUUUGAGUAUACAACUCAACUUUGCCUUGAUCCAGAAAAUAUGAAACCAUUAGAAGUACAUACACCAAUUCAAGUUUUAUUUUGUCUUAAAGAAGAAAAUACGAAGAAAAUUAAUUCCCACAGAUGGUUUUUUAAUGCUUUUGGGAAAAUUUUAGAACCAAACGUUUGCAUUUUAUUGGAUGCCGGUACAAAACCUGGUAAAAAAUCUAUUUAUCAUUUAUGGAAAGCUUUUGAUAAUAAUCCUUCUAUUGGAGGCGCUUGCGGUGAAAUUGUUGCAAUGAAAGGAAAAUAUGGAAAAAAUAUAUUAUCCAAUCCUCUUGUAGCAGCUCAAAAUUUUGAAUAUAAAAUGUCGAAUAUUUUAGAUAAGUCUUUAGAAUCCGUUUUUGGUUAUAUUACUGUGUUACCUGGUGCUUUUUCUGCUUAUCGUUACAAAGCUAUAGCGAAUCAAAUCGAUCCGGAAACAAAUGAAGAAGUUGGUCCAUUAGCCUCUUAUUUUUUGGGCGAGAAACUUCAUAAUCAAAAGUUAAAUGAUCAAAAAAUAAAGACUGGUUUAUUUGAGGCAAAUAUGUACUUAGCAGAAGAUCGUAUUCUAUGUUUUGAAUUGAUUUCAAAAAGAGAUGAAUCCUGGUUAUUACGUUAUGUUAAAUCAGCUUCUGCCGAAACGGAUGUACCUGAUAAAAUAAUCGAAUUAAUUAAGCAACGUCGCCGUUGGUUAAAUGGAACUUUCUUUGCUAGUCUUUAUGCUAUUUCUCAUACUUUUAACAUUUAUAGAAGUAAACAUAGUAUUUUGAGGAAAAUUCUAUUAUCAAUUGAAAUGUUUUAUCAAACUUAUAAUUUGAUCUUUUCUUGGUUCGCAUUGGGAAAUCUCUAUUUAAUCUUUUAUAUUUUAGGAAAUUCGGUUGCCCAAUAUGCAAACUGGGAAUUAAUAAUAUAUAAUGUUUUAAAAUUUAUUUAUAUAGCAUUAAUUGUUUUCCAAAUCGCAUUAGCUAUGGGUAAUAAACCGGGAAGUACAAGACUGGCCUAUAUAUUUUCUACAUUGUUUUUUGCGUUUAUAAUGAUUCAUAUGUUGAUUGCGAUAGGGCGGAUAACUUAUAUAAGUAUUAAAGACUCACAAGUAAAAAUAGAUGGUCUUAAUUUAAAAAGCAUGCAAAAUAUUCUUAGCGAUUUCUAUUUUAGAAAUAUUGUAUUAUCAUUAUUAAGUACCUAUGGAUUAUAUUUAGUUAUUAGUUUAUUAUCUUUUGAACCAUAUCAUAUGAUUAGUAGUUUUGCACAAUAUAUGUUAUUAGUACCUUUUUAUGUCAAUGUUUUAAAUAUUUACGCUUUUUGUAAUAUUCAUGAUGUUAGUUGGGGAACAAAAGGAGAUCCCAAGAAAAAAAAAGUACAUGAUGAAAAAGAGAAAGUCGAUACAAAAGGAGAUCAAAGUGCUACAGUAGAUGUACCAGAAGAUGUUGAUGAAGAAUACGAAAAAGUACGAAGUAUCUUAUUGGACCCAAAAACACGAAAUGAUUUACAAAGACAAGGGGAAACAAAAGAAAGACAAGAAGAAGAACAAAAGGAAUCAAAUGCGAAAUUUAGAACUUAUCUCGUAUCUUCUUGGAUAUUUUCAAAUAUGUUAUUAAUUUAUCUUAUAACUAAUUUCACUUCUACCUCAAGUUCAAAUAAUAUUUAUUUUAUUUUUAUACUUUGGAGUGUUGCUAUUUUAGCAGCUAUUAGAUUUAUUGGUAGUUGUUUUUAUUUAAUCCUCAGAUUAUUCACUGAAAACAUAUUUGGAUGAUUUUAUUAAGUUCAACAACAACAACAAUAAUAAUAAUGAAGUUUAGAAAUUUUUUAUCUUGCACGUAUAUAUUAGACAAUCAAAUUUUAAGAUUAAAAUAAGAAAUUUUCUUAUUCUUUUUUUUUACUGUAAAUGUUAUAUAUUUCCUAAUUUUUUAUCUGUGUUAAGAUUUGAGCGGUCAACUAUGUAAAUCAAAACUAUAUAUCAUAUAAAAAUUUAUUAUCAAAGAUUUUUUUUAACCAACAUAAAAUAACAAACAUAAGUUCUAUUAGUUCUAUUUUAUUUUUUACCUAAUAUCUAGUAUACAACUAAAAGGAGUUGACGCAAUUUCUGUUUCCUUGUUACUUUCUUGAUAGUAUUAUUACAAGAAACAUUAUGUCAUUCUCCUAAACUCUUUUGAGCUGCUUUUCCAAACUUGAUAUUUUGUUUAUAUGUAAACUC